AUGAAAAAGGUGGUGGUUUACGCCGUCAUAGCCACCGCCUUCCUCUUCUUUUUCGUCGUCCUUUCCCCUCUGAUCCAAGACCAACGCAGAGGCCCCUGUCUGAACCGUCGGUUCGGGUACAAUAUCCGAGAACGAGGUGUGAGCUUCGACCCGCUGGAGAGACGGAUUAACGAGAGAUCAUCAUCAGGGACAGAAGAUAACGGGAAGAGAUUAGUAGCAACAGGAAAUAAUUUUGUGGACACGACGAAUAGGGAAGAGGACGAUGUGAAUGUGAAUUCGAACACGACGGUGUUUAAUGAGGUUAUGGAGACGUAUCAGUAUCUGACGGCAGGUGGGAAACUGAACACCACCUUGAGGUUGACCAUUUUGUUCCCUUUGUUAGAUAGAGACCCUAAGGAUUAUUUGAUUAGUUUCAACGAGUUAGAGGCGUGGAUUCUUCAACAGUCAAUGGAUAGGUUAGAUUAUAUGACCUCCACUGAGUUGAACUCCAAGGACAAGGAUGGCGACUCCGCCAUUUCUUUCCGGGAUUAUCUUCCCCAGUUUUCUGACUCCGAUAUAGAGAAAAAAGGGAUGGUGCACGGAGAAGCAGGAUGGUGGCAAGAGCGAUUUGAAACGGCCGACUUGGAUCACAAUGGACUGCUUAACUUCACCGAGCUUAAAGACUUCUUGCACCCAGAAGACAGCAAGAACGAAGGAAUGCAGAAAUGGCUAUUGAGAGAUAGGAUGAAGAGAAUGGAUUAUGAUGAUGAUGGGAAACUGAAUUUCAAGGAGUUUGAAGACCAUGUGUAUGGUACGUACGUGAGUUACGUGGAAUUUGAAACUGCUGGAAAGAACGUUCCUCAACCACAACAGAAGUUUCAUGAGCUUGAUGUCAACAACGACAAUUUUUUGUCGGUGGAGGAAUUGAUGCCCAUACUUCGAUACCUCUACCCUGGAGAAUUAGCUUAUGCUAGAUUUUACACAAUAUAUUUGAUCAACGAGGCUGAUGACAAUGAUGAUGGGAAAUUAUCACUACAAGAGAUGAUUAAUCAUGAAAUUGUAUUUUACCACACAGUUCAUGCAGAUGACUCCCACGAUGAUCACGACGAACUUUGA